UGAAUAUGUAUAAAUAUUAAAAUCAAAACCCAGCCUCUACCAAGUACCCUAUCACUCAAUGUGCAUGGUGUGUGUACAGUGUAAAGUAGUGUAUAUAUAUACUCACCUACUUAUUCUCAAUAAAAUUGUAUGUUUCAAAGUAGAAGAGGUUCAACAAGUUUACCAGUCUGUCCAAGCAGAAGAGACAAAAAUAAUGGGAAGAUUUUCAAUACCCACGAAGGUUUUUGUGUUGUUCUGUCUAUGGGUAGUGAGUGCAGAAGCAGAGUACCUAAAAUACAAGGACCCAAAACAGUCAAUGUCUACAAGAAUUAAGGACUUGAUGAAAAGGAUGACUCUUGAGGAGAAGAUUGGUCAGAUGAGUCAGAUUGAGAGGAGAUUUGCCUCAACUGAUGUUAUGAAGCAAUAUUUCAUUGGGAGUGUGUUGAGUGUUCCAGGGGAUACUCCUGGACUUAAUGCUGCUGCUGAGGAUUGGAUCAAUAUGGUAAACGACAUUCAGAAAGCUGCUCUUUCGACUCGCCUUGGUAUUCCAAUGAUUUAUGGGAUUGAUGCAAUUCACGGACACAACAAUGUCUAUAAUGCUACUAUCUUUCCUCAUAAUAUUGGACUUGGUGUCACCAGGGACCCUGAUCUUCUGAAACGGAUUGGUGCUGCAACUGCACUCGAAGUUAGAGCAACAGGAAUCCCAUAUGCUUUUGCUCCCUGCAUUGCAGUAUGCAGAGAUCCUAGAUGGGGCCGUUGUUAUGAAAGCUACAGCGAAGAUAUCAAUGUUGUGCGAACCAUGACAGAGAUAAUUCCUGGUUUACAAGGAGAUGUGCCAGCUAAUUCUAGCAAGGGUGUUCCCUUUGUUGCCGGAAAGUCAAAGGUAGCAGCCUGUGCCAAGCAUUAUGUUGCAGAUGGAGGCACGGAGAGGGGAAUCGAUGAAAAUAACACUGUAAUUAACAGGACUAGUUUAUAUAGCAUUCACAUGCCUGCAUAUUAUGAUUCAAUCAUAAAGGGUGUUUCAACUGUGAUGAUUUCUUACUCAAGCUUGAACGGGGAAAAGAUGCAUACUAACCGAGAUCUUGUCACUCACUUCCUAAAGGACAAUCUCAAAUUCAGGGGUUUCAUCAUUUCUGAUUCGGAAGGCCUUGAUCGGAUCACCAGCCCACCUGAUGCUAAUUACACUUACUCAGUUCAGGCUGGAAUUUUAGCAGGAAUUGACAUGCAGGUUAUGAUUCCAAAUAACUACGCAGAAUUUAUUGGGAAUCUGACUCUACUAGUGAAAGAUAAUAUCAUUCCCAUGAGCAGAAUUGAUGAUGCUGUAGAGCGGAUAUUGAGAGUUAAGUUUAUCCUGGAUCUCUUUGAAGACCCACUGGCUGACCUAAGCUUGGUAAACCAACUCGGUAGCCAGGAGCAUCGAGAGUUGGCAAGGGAAGCAGUAAGGAAAUCGCUUGUCCUUUUGAAAAAUGGCAAGAUCACUAGUCAGCCAUUACUUCCCCUUCCUAAGAAAGCACCAAAGAUACUUGUAGCUGGAACUCAUGCUGACAAUUUGGGUUACCAAUGCGGAGGCUGGACCAAUCAAUGGCAGGGCGUCUCAGGCAAUAAUUUCAUAGUUGGAACCACUAUUUUAAGUGCUAUCAAGAAAACUGUAAAUCCGUCUACACAAGUAGUGUACCAGCUGAAUCCUGAUGCAAACUUUGUGAAGUCAAACAAAUUCGACUACGCCAUUGUUGUAGUAGGUGAAGUCCCAUAUGCAGAGAUGCUUGGUGACAGCUCAAAUCUUACAAUACCAGAACCUGGUUCUAGUACUAUUAACAAUGUCUGUGGGGCUGUGACAUGUGUUGUAGUCAUCAUCUCUGGUCGUCCAGUCGUGCUAGAGCCUUAUGUUGAUAAAAUAGAUGGACUUGUCGCUGCUUGGCUUCCGGGGACUGAAGGCCAAGGUGUUGCAGAUGUUUUAUUUGGUAACUAUGGUUUCACUGGUAAACUUGCUAGGACUUGGUUCAAGUCAGUGGACCAGCUUCCUAUGAAUGUCGGCGAUCCACACUAUGAUCCCCUCUUUCCCUUUGGAUUUGGACUCACAACUCAGCCACUGAAAAUGAAUUAGAACUUAGAAGAUACACUAGGUAUGUUAUUGUUAUUGUUGUCGUCGUAGUGUUAUUAUUAUAUUAUAAUCCCACAGAACUCUGUGUGACUAGACUGGGUAUGUUUUUGUUGUAGUAAUGUAUUACUACUAAUUGCUAUUGAUUAUAAUUAUAAUGAGUUGUUACUGCUAA